GCAGCAGAGUGCCGUGCUAAGCUAACAGCUAAGCUAGCUUGACAACUUUACCGCUCAUCUGACCGGGUGAAGUUGUACACAAAGGACAGGCCACGUGGAUAUUUUUCUUUUUUAAAUGCUUUCCUUGUGAACAUGUUCCUGAAGGCUGGGCCUGAAGAGUUCUCCUGGAUGGAUCGUGUGAAUUUAUCCGAGAGAAGCUACCCAAACCUGGCUGUGGUGACACGUGUUUUGGAUGACAACCGAGGGGAGUUUAUGGUGAGGAGGGAGGUCAGGAGCACUGGUUGCAUGGUAUUUGGAGAGCAUGAUGACAGAACCGGACCACAGUUUCGCAGCCGCAAAGGAAGAGGCUCCCACAAGGGUCGGUCAUAUGAAGGGUCCCGCAGGGUCCGCCAACGGGGAAGCCACUCUGGAGACAUCGGGGGUCCUGGGCCACGAUCUCGGUUUGACGAUACUGACGUAGAUGUAACUAUGAGUGACAGCUCUCAGGACAACAGCUCUCAAAACAGAUUCACCCCAUAUGGAAGACCCGGUCGGAAAGGAGGAGACGGACGCUUUGACAGAGACAGGCCACAAGGCAGAGUAGGCGGUGGGAGAGGGGGAGGCAGAGGCCGAGGUGGAGGUGGAGGCAACAACGGAGGCAAAAGCCGUUCAGGCUGGUAUAAAGUAACGAUACCACAUGGAAAGAAAUAUGACAAGAAAUGGUUAUUGCCAGCUCUUCAAAACAUCUGUACGGUUCCCUACACACCAGUACAGUACCAUGUUGACCAUACCAGGGCCCAUUUUUAUGUGGAUGAUUCCUCUACUGCCAAUGCUUUGCACAAAUGUACUCACAAGAUCACAGACACGGAUGGAUAUAAGGUGGAAGUUCAUGUCAACCCCAGCGCACCACCAUCCUGCCUCCAGUCUGAUCUGAAGCCUGAACACUUGGAGCAUCUGAAGCAAUGCAUGGCAAAACGUUUUGAUGGCUCCCAGCAAGCACUGGACUUAAACAACAUCCGAACAGACCCUGACCUGGUUUCCCAGAACAUUGAAGUCAUCUUGAAUAGGAAGACGAACAUGGAAGCUGUCAUCAAUAUCAUUAAAGAAAACAUCCCAGAGCUGACAGGCUUGAACCUGAGUAACAACCGUAUUCACAAACUGGAUGAACUCACAGAUUUGGUUUCCAAGGCACCUAAUCUGAAGACCCUCAACCUUUCCCACAAUGAGCUGAAGACAGACCGGGAGCUGGACAAGGUGAAAGGCUUGAAGCUGGUGGAGCUGUGGCUGAACAGGAACCCUCUGUGCGACUUCUUCAAGGAUCAGGCCUCAUACAUUAGUGCUGUGCGGCAGAGGUUUCCCCGGCUUCUCAAACUCGAUGGUCAUGACCUCCCUGCUCCCAUUGGAUUUGAUGUGGAAACCCCCACAACUAUCCCCCCCUGCAAGGGCAGCUGUUUUGGCUCUGAUGAUAUCAAGGUCCUCAUCCUUCGCUUCUUGCAACAGUACUACAGUAUAUACGACUCCGGGGACAGACAGUCACUCUUGGAUGCCUACCAUGAUGGAGCAUCGUUAUCCCUGACAACACCGUACUCCACCCAGAACCCCUCCAGGAGCAGCCUUGGGGAGUAUCACAAAGACACUCGAAACCUGAAGAGGAUCAAAGACACCACGGUUCGGUUUCGACUUCUGAAGCAUACACGACUGAACGUGGUGGCUUUCCUCAACGAGUUGCCCAAAACUCAGCACGACAUUGCCUCUUUUAAUGUCGACGUAAACACCUUCACGAACACACUAUUAUCAUUCACAGUGAGCGGAGUCUUCAAAGAAGUUGCUGUUGAUGGUAAAUCCCGAGAGUCGACAAUGGCUUUCUCCCGGGUCUUCGUCACAGUCCCAGCAGGGAAUAACGGUCUUUGCAUCGUGAAUGACCAGAUGUUCAUCCGGAUGGCCACAACAGAGGAGAUCCGGAGAGCCUUCGUCGCCCCCGCUCCCACUCCCUCGUCCAGCCCCGUGCCCAUCCUCACUGCACCGCACCAGGAGAUGCUCACAGCCUUCUCGCAGAAGUCUGGCAUGAACCUGGAAUGGUCCCAAAAGUGUCUGCAAGACAAUAACUGGAGUUUCGACGUAGCUGGGCAGGUUUUCACUCAGUUAAAGGCGGAUGGCAAGAUCCCUGAUGUUGCGUUCAUAAAAUAAAGAGUUGAAUCAUA